AUGACAUGCACCAGUAAUGGCGUGGGCACUCAUGGCCCGAUCAGCACCACCCUGCCAGCAUCCUGGUACCGCGAAGAGGGCAUGUACGAAUUGGAAAAACGUGCGAUCUUUUCCAAACAAUGGCUCUGUGUCUCACAUUCUCUUCGAUUCAGAGAGAUCGGGGAGUUCGUAAAUUUCGAGAUUGCCGGCUACAAAUUCUUCGUUAUCCGCGACCGACAGAAUGAACUCAAGGGUUUCUUGAAUAUUUGUCGACACCGAGCGUAUCCCGUGAUCGAGAAACAAAGUGGGCAGGGUGGAAAGGUUAGUGUUCUCGCGUGCAAAUAUCAUGGAUGGUCUUAUGGCUUUUCUGGCAACCUCGCAAAGGCUCCACGCUUUGAGACUGCAGAGAACUUUGACAAGUCUCAAUACUCGCUGUAUAGUGUCCAUGUGCGGACUGACAGACUCGGCUUUGUCUGGGUCAAUCUCGAUGCUGCCAAUCCACCAACCAUCCCUUGGGAAGAUCAUUUCGAGAGAGUUGACGAACAGCCACGCCAGAAAGACUUCUCCAUGGAUGACUUCACAUUUGACCACGCAUGGGAGAUGGAGGGGGAGUACAACUGGAAGGUCAUGGUGGACAACUACAACGAGUGUUACCACUGCACAACUGCACAUCCUGGCAUUCUGGCCACCACGAAGCUCGACACUUACGAUGUCAAGGGAAUUAAAGGCUGGAUAGAGCACUACUCAGAGCCAUUGGACAGUGUUGAGCACAAGUACGGGGUGCAGCCCACCUACUUCUUCCCCAAUGCUGCUAUAUUGAUAUCUGAUGGAAUAACAUAUCUCACGCGAUUCGCACCAAAAUCUGCAACGUCACUAAAGCUGGAAUAUGAGGUCUAUCGCCACAAAGACUGCUCCGAUCAAGACUUUGACACUAUGAACCCCUUCUUCAAACAGGUCGAACAGGAAGAUCUCGAUCUCUGCAAUGCCGUACAGCGCAACUUGAACAUGGACACAUAUGUCAAGGGACCAUUACACCCGCACAAUGAAAAGGGUGUCAUCUACUUCAAGAACCUUGUGAGGGACGUGCUAUACAAGCAUGUGAAUGAAGAGGAACAAGCUGGGCGAAAGAUCUGCCCUGCCCGAAGGGAUGAUGACAACGAGGAAAUCGCGGCGGAAGAAGCAUUCUGUCGCCUUGCUGGCCGCUCCACGCCAGUUCCUCAAGAUGCACCGCCUUCUGUUCAAUCCCUUUCCACGGCGAGAAAAGCCGCUCGUGCUCAGGCGAAGCACCGCUUGUUCUACACGAUCGACUACGUGUCCCGGGUCUCCUACUUCGAUGCGCGGAGCGAAUACCGCGAUUUCCGAGGCUUCUUCGUCCUCUUUUGGAUCAGUCUGACCAUCAUGGUUAUCACAACGUGCUUGAGGAACAUCAAAGAGACGGGUCACCCUCUGCGGGUAGAGGUAUAUGCUCUGCUAUCCCGGAAUGUCAUUUCUCUGGGUCUCAGCGAUGCUGCCAUGGUAGCAAGCACCGCGCUAAGUCUGCCCAUCCAAAAAUUGGCACGAGGCACGAAUGGCGUCUUGCGAUGGCGACGAGCUGGAAUCUGGAUACAGAGCACGUUUCAAGCACUAUGGCUAGCAUUGUGGGUGAGCUGGCCGUUCUUGCUAGGCUGGACCUGGACUGCGCAGGUGUUUUUCGCUCUCCACACCUUGACCUUUCUCAUGAAGAUGCAUUCCUAUGCCUUCUACAAUGGCCAUUUGAGUGAGACCGAGCGACGCUUGCGUGCCCUCGACAAGCCAGAAACGGCAGACCUGGGCAGGGCCGUCAAAUACCCCAGCUCUCCAUCUCGCCUGCGCCAAAUGGACUCAGAGAGUUCCGAGGAAGAGAAAGAAGAUGAGCAAGAUCUGGCCCAGCUCCGGCAAGAUUUGGCAACUGAGUUGACUUCUCCCCUUGGACAAGUCACUUACCCCCAAAAUCUCACACUGUACAAUUAUGCAGACUACAUCUUAUGCCCGACUCUUUGUUACGAGCUCGAGUAUCCAAGGACACCUAAAAUCCGAUGGGAUGAGCUCUUCUACAAGACCCUUGCCGUCUUCGGCUGCAUCUUUUUGAUGAUCACAAUCAGCGAGGAAUUCAUCAUGCCCGUGCUGGCCGAUUCAGCUUCCCGGCUGCGUCUGACGACAUCUCUCUCAGAAAUGGCCUUGAUAUUGGCCGAGACCACGAGCAUGAUGCUGUUUCCGUUUAUGAUCACCUUCCUCCUAGUCUUUCUAGUGAUCUGGGAGUACAUCCUGGGCGCUUUCGCAGAAAUCACCUGCUUUGCCGAUCGCCAUUUCUACUCAGACUGGUGGAAUUCCAGCGACUGGCUCGAGUUCAGCCGGGAGUGGAACAUCCCUGUCUACCACUUCUUGCGCCGACACGUUUUCUUCUCGUCCAAGACGUACUUCUCGACUCCCGUGGCCAUGACAAUCACCUUUCUGGUCAGCGCCCUGGGCCAUGAGCUGAUCAUGGGUUGCAUCACCAAGAAACUGCGUGGGUACGGCUUCUUUGCAAUGAUGCUUCAACUGCCGAUAGUAGCACUGCAGAGGAGCAAACUGGUUCGGGGCCGGUGGGUGCUCAAUAACGCCGCUUUUUGGGGUAGCAUGAUUCUGGGCUUGAGCACGAUGUGCAGCUUGUAUGUCCUAGUUUAA